AUGGCGCCAGGAGAGCGCUCCGAAGAGGUGUGGCUGUGGUACACGGCAGGUCACCAGCUACGGGCACAUUGCGCGGCUGGUGGGAAAGCACAAGUGGGCGUCUGCCUCAAGCAUCUGCCCUCGCCAUGGGCGGGCAGCAACAACAACAACAGCAACAACAAGAACAGGGAGGCGAGGUUUCACAGCGGCAACGUGCCCUGGCAGCGCGUGAUCAACGCCAAAGGCGCCAUCAGCCCCAGAGGGCCGGGGGCGGCAGGGCGGCAGGCGGAAGCGUUGCGGAGAGAGGGCGUCGUGGUCGAGCUGAGGCAGCACGGGCUGGGCGUGUACAGCGUGGACCUCGGCGAGUACGGCUGGUUCCCGGACAUGCUCCCGAGCGAGGCGGGCGGCAUCGACGAGAGCGAU